UGACCUGCUUGGCCAACGCUGAGAGCAGCAGCUUGUGAAAGGGCUGGAGGAAGAUCUCAGGCUGGACGCUGCAUAGGCUCACCAGGAGCAGGCUUCCGUCCAGUUUUCCAAGUGAUAAUUCCAGGAAAGCUCAUGAAGAUGCCGUCACAGGGGUGGCAGCUGGGGAGCACGAAGUGAUGUGAGUCUGCAGCGCGUCUGCUCCAGCGAAGUUCUCCAGGCUGCGAGAGGAAAGAAGCUGUGCCAGGAGGAAGGAGAAGCAGCAGAGGUGUCGCAAUGGUGCCUGCCAUGGAAGGAGCCAGCCCAGCUUGUUGGAGCCAGCCCGGUGGGACAGCACAUAACAGGAGCUGGCAUCACAGGCUGCUGAGGCAGGAGGACGAGGACUACAACGGGACCGACUGUGAAGGUGACCACUUGAGCAAAGUGUCUGUGACACUGCUCAUCUGCCUCUGCGGGCUGGUGGGGAACGGCGCCGUCCUCUGGUUCCUGGGUUCCCAUGUCCGCAGGAACCCCACCACCACCUAUGUCUUCAACCUGGCCGUUGCUGACUUCACCUUCCUCCUCUCCAUCGCUGUUGCCGUUGUGAUAUUCUACAGCUCAGAGAGCCUUUGUCAUAGGCUGGCCUCACGAGAUGUGACAACUGCGGUGAACAUCACCAUCCUCUUCUCCUUCACCGCCAGCGUCUACCUCCUGACAGCCUUCAGUGCCACCACGUCUCUGUCCCUCCUCCCCUCAUCCCACUGCCCCUGCCACCACUCCUGGGGCUUCUCAGGGGUCCUGUGUGCCCUGCUCUGGGCCCUCUCCUUCCUGCUCACCCUCACCCUCUACCUCCGCCCUGUGGCACUCAUCAUCUUCGUCCUGAGCUACCUCUUGUCGGUGCUGACCAUGAUGGUGUCUGGUCUAACUCUGCUCGCCAGGCUCUUGUGCUCUUCAAGGCAAUAUCCCCCAAAGAUGCUCAGUGUUGUGGUCCUGCUCGGCGUCUACUUCUUCCCCUUCUUCACGGCUGAUUUUGGUUACUGGCUCUUGCUAAGGCUGAUCGAUUUGUCUGUUUUUGUCUUUAACACCUCUCUCCCCUUGGCCUGCGUGAACAGCACCAUCAAGCCCGUGAUUUACUUCUUGGUUGGGUGCUGUGGAAAGAACUUCACGUUCUCUGUUAGGGUUGCUUUCCAGAGGGCUUUGGAAAACGCAUCAGAGCCCCCAAAUAGAGGCAAAACUCCCAGAGAAAACACAGUGGGAGCAGUUGUUUAAACCUCUGCUCCCUGGGAGAAGAUGCUCCAGGGAUGGAAGGAUCUCGUGAGCCGGGGUGAGCCAAGGAAGAUGACUUUGGUGCGUGUCCAGCUGCAGCUGAAUGGAAUUAGCUGCGGCACAAGGAACUGUGCUGGGUGGCACGAGAACUUCUGCGGGGGUGGACACUGGACAGGGUGGUGAAAUACCCAUCGAAACCUUUUGCUUUGAAACCUUUGCUUGGAAUCGGUCCUACCCCACAGGUCUGAGCUUCCCCUGUCCCAAAAGUGAACUUGCUCUACCCUAAGAACUAUUAAAAC